UUAUUCAGCCUAUGCAAAUGCAGACCAUACAAUUGUGAUAGGAAAUGGAUUUGGGUCCUCAUCCAGACGCGGCAAGGGCGUCCACACCAUCCCGCAGCAGCAGCAGCAAUGUCGCAUCGGAUCCUCAACACCUCCAAGCCCACGCUGCCGCCGGCGCCGCAGCCUCAGCUCCACCAUCCUCCCCCGCCACCGCCCACGAAGCUCGGCCGCCGUGCCGCCGCGGUCGCGGUCGCCAUCGCGGCCUCGCCGGCACUCCUCGGCGCCGUCUCCCCGUCCGCCCGGGCGCAGGAAGCGGCAGCAGCAGCGUCGGCCUGCAUCGACGAACUGCCGAUCACGGCCAAGGCGUUCCUGGACGUGUCCAUCGGCGGCGAGCCGGCCGGCCGCAUCACGGUGGGCCUGUUCGGCGACGCGGCGCCGGCCGGCGCGGCCCGGUUCCUGUCGCUCGCCACGGGCGUCGGGUACCGGCGCAAGGAGUUCGUGAAGGUGGUGCCCGGGUACGUGCAGCACGCCGGCGUGGUCUCGUACCCGGUCAUCCCGGCGGUGACCGACCGGCUGGCCGCCGAGAUGGAGGCCGCGCGCGCGCGGUGCGGCGGCGGCGCGAUGAACGCGGCGGGGGCGGUGUCGAUCGUGGUGCGGGACCCGAGCCUGCCGCCGCCGAAGCCGAAGCUGGUGGCGCGGGGCGGGCGGCUGAAGAUCGAGGAGGAGCAGGUGGGCGUGGUGCCCAACGGCACCGAGUUCGUGAUCGCCACCAGGGACUCCCCCGAGCUGGACGCGUCGGCGCUGGUGGUGGGCCGCGUCGUCGCCGGCAUGGACGUCGUCGGCAGGAUCGCCGCCGUGGCCACCGUCAAGGAGAACACCGGGUCGGCCUACUUCAAGGUGGCGAAGCUGAUCGGGGACAAGAGAGCGGUGGUCGCAGAGCGAGGGUUCAACCGCCCCUACACCAAGAUCCUAGUCACCAACUGUGGAGUCCUUGAGCAGCA